AUGGAAAUGCAAAAAUGGAAAUUACUUCAUGUUGUUGGGUAUGCUCAAUAUAUAGUUCGCGAAUCAGUUAUUCAAAUCAGAUGGCCAACGGAUGAUGAGAUUGAAAAAGCUAAACAUCCAUUUUAUCGUUGGAUCAUCUUAACUCUUAUUAUAUUGUUUGUAAUCGCUAUAGAUCAUUAUCUAUAUAGCUUUUUGUACAAGGUUGUCACAUCAUCGAAAACCAUCAAAGAAACUGAAGAAACUGCUCAGCUUCAAGUUCUUGGGGAAGGAGUUGUUGCAGAAUUUUUGCAUAGAAUGUUGAAUAUAAACAGAACUAUAGAAGUUGACCAUGUGAACAAUGAGCACUGUUUAUCAUUGCCUACGAGACCAGACUUCAGCGAACGAGUGAAAUGGCUUCUGAUACCGUUAACUAUUUCUCUAAUUAUGCAGGUUUUAUUCUCAUUUGUUAUCAAAAGAAUAAUAAUUAAUUACUUCUUACCCUUCAUGUACCCUCUACGGGAUCGUGUUCGCCUCAUUUACUUUUAUAAUAAGAUUCUUUUCUUACGAACAACAUCCCGUACGGAAGCUCGUUCCAAAAUAAGAUUUAGCGCAACAAGAUGGAAAAUUAAUGCGAACAAAACGGACAGAAGUUGGUUAUCACCCAGAUCAUGGUUCAAAUUGAAAGUGCUUGAUCGAAUAUUUCGAACAGGCCAAUGCAUUAUGUGUGAAACGUAUAUGAAGCCUGUGAAGCUUAAGUAUUGCUUGGACUGUCCAGCUACAUUUUGUAAAUUUUGUGUUGAAGAAACAGGUGGAGAUUGUUAUGCUUGUAUGGCUGAAGAUGGAAUAGUUAACACAGAGUACACUAUGCCUACUAUAGUUGAAUCGCUUUCUGCGAUAAGACGAAACUGCGAAGAGAAUUUUCAGGAUCAUGUCCAAAAAGCUUAUCAAGUUAUUUAG